AUGACGCGUAUGCACUGGUCUCUUAUCCUCGUGUCUGCUCUACUCAGAGGAGCAGCAGCAGAGCCGGCUUCCUCUGGAGACGGCGCGGUCCCGGCCCUGGGCCAUAUAGUGGUUCUAAAGAGUGGUCUCGAAGAGAAACAUCUCGAUGAACAUCUUGAACGGGUUAAAUCGUCUAUCCAGAAGCGAAGCAUAGAGAGCGGCAGCAGCGAGAACCAAGUAAACGGAGCAAGUGGUGUUAAACAUGAGUACCGUGGGACUUCCAUUGGGUUUCACGGCUACUCAGGCAGCUUUCCACCAGAUGUGCUUGAAGAUAUUAAGCGAGACGAGCAUGUUGCCUUCGUAGAGGAGGAUCGGAUGAUUACCGUCGAGCCCAGUAAACGAGAGGAGGUAGAAGAAGACACGACACCUAAGGAUGGCGGCAGCAAUAACCAGAAAAAGGGCCCGGGCCUGUUGUCUAUGGGACAGGGGUACAACACGUUUCUGGACAAGGGAGUAAUCCCUGACGCCGUCCUUCUUCCCGGUGAAAAGAAGAGAGAUGUACCCGCUGCCCUGGCUGAAGUACUGGUUAACCAAACCACAAGCAUGAGGUUCAACUUCACCGCGCCCAGCGCAAACUUGACCAAUGUGAACGUAACAUCAUACUUUGCCCCGCCUGAUCCAGACGAGAUUAUGAACGGUGUUCUUGACGACUUGGAAAAUGAACAAAACGCUACUGCGCUCAACGUAAUACACACCCGAGCUACUGAAGAUCAACAGGAUUGCACGGGCAGUCUGACGGCCUAUUACAAGCUUACAGAAAGCUUUGAUUCGUAUCUCAAGGCUCUGGACGUCAGCGGCGCUGCAACAGUAUCUGGUUGGGGACAGAGUGCGUCUGUAUCUGGCAGUUACCUGAAUCAGGCAGAGCUCUCCAAAGAAGGCUUGACAUAUAUUGCCAUUAUCGACAUUCAGAGACAGGUAGAUUUGCCCACUGGAUUUGAGUUCAAUAAGGCCAAGUACAGUGCGUCCACGUUUGCUCGCGACUUUGGCGACAGAUGGAUCCAUGGUUUCCAUACCGGUGGCAAGAUGAUUGCCCGGUUAUCAUUCAACUCGAAAGGAUCCACUAGCAAAGACGACCUGAAAGUACAUGCCGAGGCUUCACUGAAGUUCUGGGGAGUUACCGGAGAUAUCAGUGCAUCAGUCAAGAAGAGCAUGGAAGAGGUGAGCAAGCACGCUGAUGUAGAGAUAUCGCUAUUUUACCAGGGAGACAUGGGAAAAGUCAUGGCCAAGUCGGGAUCUCCUGAUAAAGUUGAAUCAGCCUCUGCGGAGGGAUCGUUCAAGCAGGUCAAGAUGUGGGCGGACCAGUUUAUAAAUAACGCCUGCCAACACAACUACGAGUACCGGCCCCUUCUCGACGAGUACAGAAACGCUGUCGGCUUCCCUUCGGACCAAAAAGUUCUUGACUACCGCACCGCGCACCGCGUCUCGUACAAGAUUCUGAAGGAGCUUGUUCGAAUUUCGGAAAUGACACAGUAUAUUGUUCGACUCGAAACGCUGGACGCUGAGUUCAAAGACGAAGUCGAGUUCGCUGAGAUCGAGAUGGUGGAACUAAGCAGGAAAUGGGUCGACUCUAUUGUAGAGCAGCCGCAGAAUGCACUGAGUCUAGGAAAGGAACUUAUCCAAACAUUCAGAGCCGAGUUCUACGACAAGUACGCGUCGGCUAUAGCCCAAGACUUUUACAUAUCUGGCAUAGAGGUGCAAUAUGGUGACAAACCGCCGGCGAAUCGCGUCAUCGACAUCAACCACCAACCCGAGGAUAUUAAUCACGACUUUGGCGGAGAAUUUGUCUGGCUUGUUCCAAUCUACACUACACGCCGCGACGACGCAUGCACCUCCUUCAAGGUCGUCUUUGGCUCGGAAGGCGCCGGGCUCAAAGACCUGACAAGGAACGCACCAGGCCCCAACCGUUAUCUCAAAUGCGAAAAGGACAUGUCCAAGGAAAAGAUCCGGCGCUUGGCGCUCCAUCGGGGAGGCGAGAACCUUGAGGAAUUCCUCUCGGAGACGUCUCACGGCUUCGUGGGCAAAACAACCAAUAUCAACGAUGGCCGUGGGGAUGCGUACCAUGCCAUGUAUCUCCUGUGGGCACAUGACGGCAAACGAGACCCAUCUUCGAAACAUCAGCCCGAAUUCAUAGUGCCGGCGAAUUAG